AUGGGUGUCGGUCGCUUUUUCUGCGUGCUAUUGCCGUUCGCACUUACAAUCGGCUCCAUCAUCUUCCUCCUUGUCGGUGCCCUCGCCGGUGUCGCUGACAAGUCUCUCUACGUCUUCCGAAUCGACGUCGAGAACCUAAGCAUAAGCCCCAAGGACGUCAAAAGCAUUGUCGAUGACCUCAACCUCAAGGACCUCAAGCUGGACAUCCGCGAUGUGCCCCAGCUCGAGACCCGUGCCGAAACCAUCAAGGACAACAUCACCGCUGAGCUGCUCGGCCUCGACAAGUACUACGACAUCAACCUCUGGGGUUUCUGCAAGACCGACAAGGAUGGCAAGCGAAAGUGCGAGAAGCCUGAGUUUGACUGGGCCAACAAGAAGCUGAACACCUCCUACCUCAUUGGUGCCGACAAGAAUGUUCAGAUUGAGCUGCCCGAGGAGAUUCAGAACGCUCUCACUGCCUUCAGGACUGUUACCAAGUGGACUGAGGUUGUCUACAUCGCAGCUUUCCUCGCUCUCGCUGUUGAGAUCAUUCUUGGCAUCUUCUCCAACUGCUCUCGCAUUCUCUCCUGCUUGACCUGGAUCGUCGCUGGUAUUGCCACCGUUCUCGUCAUCGCCUCUGUCGUUCUGUCUGGUGUCGUUGCGGGUACCGUCGUCGGUGCUGUGGAAGCAUCAGCCAAGUUUUACGGUGUUAAGGGCAACAUCAACGGUCGAUUCUUUGCCUGUGUCGCUAUUGCCGCCGCCUUCGCCAUUGCUGCCGGUCUCUUCUGGAUGUUCACCAUCUGCUGCUGCAAGCCUGAGAGCCGAAGCAAGGACAAGAAGAACCGCCGAUCCGACGGCGAGAAGCUUCUCGGUGGCGCUGGCAAGCACGGCUCUUACGCUCCUCUCAACAACGACCACGAGAUGCAGACUGGCUUCUACAACAACAACCAGGCCCAGUCUCAGUACGGUGCUCCUCGCUACCCCAGCGGCACUGCCCGUUCCGACCUCGCCUACGAGCCCUACUCCCACCGCGCCUAA